UACAUCGUCUCAUUAUUUAUGAUGCUUCAAGAUAAUUAACAGUAUUAACACCGACAAAAAUAUUUGAGUUUAACUCGAGCUCGUGUGCUAGGAACAUGGCAAAGAUAAGCAUGGAAAUUGAAACGAAAAAAGAUGUGCCUUUUGAGGAAGCCAUUUCCAAGACCGGUUACGGCUUUUUCAACCUUGCCAUUUUGCUAGCCUCUGGCUUGGGCCUCAUGUGCGUCAUCGUCGAGACAAUGAUGAUGAUGUUCAUUGUACCGGCGGCCCAAUGCGACCUCGACCUCAGCCUUUCCGAGAAAGGUCUCUUAUCAUCAGUCAGCUUCAUCGGAGUUGUAGUUAGUUCCUACAUGUGGGGCUAUUUGGCCGACACCAAAGGCCGCAAAAUUGUCCUCGAAUUGAGUCUCUCGAUCAGCGCCGUCACCACCGUCGUUUGCAGUGUAGUGCCAUGGGUCUGGCUCUUCAUCCUCCUCCGUCUAGUCAACGGCCUAGCUAUUGGAGGCGCCUCGUCCGCCGUCUACGCCUACUGUGGCGAGUUCCAUGACAAUCAUUACAGGCCCAAGGUAAUUUCCUGGAUGUCGACAUUCGUGGCGUGCGGAAACAUGUUCCUGCCGGGCCUAGCCUGGAUCAUCCUCCCCGCCGACUGGGAGAUUGAUCUUCCCGUUUUCGGGAUCAUUUACAAGCCGUGGCGGCUCCUCCUCAUCCUUUACACCCUCCCUUGCUUGAUUUGUGCCGUAUUUAUCCAUUUCCUGCCCGAGAGUCCGAAAUUUUUGCUGACGCAAGACCGCAAGAGGGAAGCUCUCGAUAUUUUGAAAAAAAUGUUUGUCAUCAAUAAGCGAAAAAGUGAGGAUUUCUACGGCGUCGAGAACAUAAUUUGGGAAGAACUGUCCGGUAGCGAAUUGAAAAAGAAGCAGGGUAUGUUGAGGACGAUGUGGAAGCAAACAGUGCCGCUGUUCAAGGGGGAGCUUUUGGUGAAGACGCUCAUGAUGUGUUAUCUCCAGUUCGGAGUUUUUGCCUCCAAUUCUGGUAUUGUUAUGUGGUAUCCGGAGAUUCUAAACCGCAUGUCGCACUAUGUGGAAGACCAUUCGGAGAGCGACGUUUCUUUGUGUUCGGCAAUACUUUCGGAGCAACCACACGACAAUAAUACUCUAACUGAUGUUUUGAAAGUGUGUAACGACCAAGUGAAGCCGCGAGUGUUUCUCGUGUCGCUCCUCAUGGGGGUGGCAUAUGCCAUGAUUUAUAUUUUCAUAGGAAGUGUUAUCAACAUUUUCGGGAAGAAACAGCUAAUGAUCAGCUUUGUGUCGGUAACCACUAUCACCGGACUUGCAUCGCAAUAUGUUUACGGCUAUAAUCUUAUCCAAUUUCUUGUUGGAAUCUUCCUAAUGGGCGGAGCUGGGAUCGGAAUAACCAAUGCCAUCGCAGUUGAUUUGUUCCCAACUCAGGUCAGAGGGAUGGCUCUUGCCGUUUCCUUGAUGUUUGGAAGGAUAGGCGCAAUGACAGGAACUAAUAUCGUAGGACCACUGAUUUACAAAUUUUGUGAUUAUCUGUUUUAUUUCGUCGCCGCCGAUCACUUAAUAUUAAUUAUUGUGGUGUUGUUGCUGCCGUCGUCGCCACGUUUACCAAAACUGACGCUUUAGGAUGGAAUUAUAGGAUUAAAUAAAUAAUGAAUUGUACAAACAGAACCGGCUUUAUUUAGCUUCUUUCUGUACAUAAAAAGACUUAAUUUAUGACUUUUAUAUAAAUAAAAGAUUACGUUUUAAAUAA